AUGAUACUAGACCAAGUUACUAGGCUUCGAAUCCCAAACGUGGCUCUGGAGUUGGCCUGGCGCCACAAAGUGGUGGACUUCAUUAUGCCCUACCUUAUUCAUGUAGUGCGUGACGUCAACACGCGGUUAGACCAGUUGGACAAACAGCAGCAACAGCAGCAGCAGUUGCAGCAGAGCGCCCCCAACGAUUAUGUACCGGACUACAGCAUGCAGCCCAUGACGAUGCUUCCAGGGAUGGGCGGAUUAGCCCUGAUGCCUCCUGCUUCCAACUGCACUCCGUCCCACCAGACCUUUGGUUAG